AUGUGUCAACAGUUAAGCAAGUUAAUAGAAAAACACCAUUUAUUGUUUUUAAAAUUAUUUCCUUUGCAUUUAACGCCGAAGUACCAUUUUCUUACUCAUUAUCCGUUCAUUAUUAAAAAAAUUGGACCUUUAACUAAAAUAAUGACUUUAAGAUACGAAUCAAAACAUCGACAAUCGAAGCUUGCAGCUAAUGUUGUUUCAUCGCGUGUAAAUAUUACACGUACUCUCGCUCUUAAACAUCAGUUGCAGCUAACUAAAAGAAUGGUAAAUAAUGAUGGAUUCACGGACAGAAUUUUAUAUGAUGGGAAAUAUUUGGAAAAAACUAAUAUAUUAAAUAUUAUUCCCACAUUCAAAGACAUUCUGCGUCAAACUUAUGCUCCUGAUGUAGACACAAUAUUAGAAAUUUUUGAAACAAAUGUUUCUCUAGUAAAAAGAAUUACUUUUAACAACGUAAUAUUUAAAAAAGAUGAUCUAGUAUUGACUCACUACUUGGAAGAACCCUAG